AUGGCCGACUUUAAAUCCAUACCAACUCUUGCCUCCAAUAACCCCUACGCCGCUCAACAAAAACGUCGUGCAAACAGCGUGCCGCUCGCAACCAUUCCCGCCGCCUCCGCUCCCAACGCUACCACCGACGGCUCUUCCACCCCACCAAAACGACAAGAUAGCAUGUUCAACACCGACACCACCAGCCGAAGCCAAAGUCCCGUCACAGCACCACCCCAGCCCACGCUCGUAACCCGACACUACAGUAUUGGAACCGUACCGGUAGCGUACACGUCAACGAUGCCGACUGGAGGACUGAUGAGAUCGAGGACGUACGGCAUGGGAAGUCCGGUGAUCGACCGUGCAAAUGUGCCACUCUCCGACGACGACAUCAUCAUCGUGACGGUCAAAUUGACGAAUCGAUUUCGGAAGAACUCGAUUACUGGAGCGGAGGAUUUACCGGGACGUCUUGAUCAUUCGGCGGAGAAGGAGGAGCGCUACAAAGCGGUCAAGAUGCCGAGAGGGGAGUACAAGAAGAGAUUUAUCAAGAAUGCGGACGGGAAGUAUGUGGGAACAGAGCCGGAGAAGGAGUGGUGA